GAACAGCAACACUGUCAGUGUCAGUUUGUUGUUAACAAUGCGCAAAACGUAAAUUUUGAACCUAGGUUAAUUGACAAGGCAAGGGUCACUAACGGCCACUUUUGAUUAAACUAAAUUGAGCGCAAUUCGAGAAAUCGGCCAUAUAAGCGCAAUUAUUAUUCUGCUCUGAUUAAUUUUGUGCGGUAGUAGGCAUGGACGUUACGAUUUUGUUUUGGUGCAAAUCCGAGGAACAAGUUGGCCUUGCCUGAUUUUUUUUUUUUCAAAAGUGAGAAAGUUUGUGCAAAUUUUGUGAGGAUUAUAAUGGUUUAUCUAUGGUGAAGCAAUUAAAACACGGAAUGUCGGUUUUUAAGGAUAACAAUUGGGGCCAAAAUGGGUUUGAAGAUCUUAGAAGAUACGUCAAACAAGGGGGCGAUUUUUGCAAAGAACUCGCCACCAUCCUCCAAGAAAGGGCCGAGGCCGAGACCCAAUACGCUAAAAACUUGUCAAAAUUGAGUUCAAAACUGUCGCGCGCUUGUCGCGACGGCGUUGGCGGUUUGAACGAGGCCUGGAAGGCCGUCGCAAUCGAAUUAGAGACCCGUGCUGAAGUCCACCGACUGAUGGGCCAAGUCCUUUCGGAGGAGACGGCCAAACCGCUGCGCAACAUGACGGAAAAUCAGCACCGGACGCGGAAACAAUGCGAAGGAACAGUGGAUAAAGCGGCCAAAUCGUUGGCCGAGUGGAGAACAGCUGAGGCCAAAAGUAAGAAACAAAGCCAUACGUGUGCCAGAGACAAUGAGAAGUUGCAAGAUGCUGCGAUUUUGGAUACUUCGAGGACGGGGAAGUUGACGUUGAAUAGGAGCAGUAGUUUGAUCCAGUUGGCUCAUAUGCAUAAUAGAAAUACGCCAGAUAAAGAAAAUACCAAGUUGGAAGGGAAGAAACGCAAGGCGGAAGAUGCGGUGAAGAAAGCUGAUAUUGAAUAUUACACGCUUUGUGUCCGGGCGGAGAGGGCAAGGCUGGAAUGGGAAUCGGCCGUCCUGCGAGGCGUAAACACCUUCCAAUCCCUCGAAGAAGAGCGCUUGAAUCACUUGAAAACCGUUCUAACAUCCUACCUUCACCACAGCGCCGAACUUGGACCUAGACUAAUCGAAGCAUCUGAAAGACUCAAAGCCCCGGUCACGCAGGCUGAAUCGGGUAAAGAUUUGAGCACUUUCAUUAAUCUAAGACAGUCCUCUCAACAAGUGUCAGAACAGCUUUUACCGGACUUUUAUUGCGAACACAUUACACUGGCUAUGAAUCGGGAACGGCGGAAGCAGGCUUUGGUGAAAUUGCUACAUUUAAUCCGGCAAGACAUCGAAAGGGAAAGGAAGUCGAAAAAUGGACUGGAGAAUUUGUCAAAGGCGAUUAAACAAACGCCGAAUUUUGGUGCUGAGGAUUCGCAACAAAGUGUCAGCGAAAAAUUGUAUCAUAUGAAAUCGAUGUUAACGUAUUUGGAAGGUGCGAGAUAUAAACUACACAAUGCUUUAGCGGAACUUGAUAGUAAACCUAGGUCGGGGCAUCCCCUGGCGGCACAUAUUACCAUAACGAGGGAUAAAUCGGGAUUACAACAGAGCAUACUUAAGGUGCCCCAGUGGCUGAAAGAGGAGUGGUUUGAGCCCGAGAAGAGCCCCCUGAGUGAAAAAUCCGUAAAAUCCGGCAAGUCGGACAAUUCCGACCCCCACAACAAUGACAUCGCCGACGCCGAAUGGCCCGACAGGGGGGCUGCCGACGGGAACUCCAAUCAGCCCGACUCCGAUUUCGAUGAAUUUUCCUCGCAAUGCAGCAGUGGGGGAAAUCUUUGCAGCACGGAAGAGAGUCCAGUGCAGCCAAUAGCCCAAUGCAAGGCUUUAUACGCUUAUACCCCCAAUUUAACCGACGAGUUGGCUUUGCAACCGGGGGAUUUACUCUCAGUUUACAGACAACAGGACGAUGGCUGGUGGUUGGGGGAGUGCAAAGGGAACGUCGGGAUUUUUCCUGCAACUUACGUCGAGUUGAUCAAUUCGAACUAAAGACUGGAAAAUAAUUCCACUGGGAUAAACACUGUACAAAUAAUUUUAACGUUUCUUCCCUAGCAAAGUAGAAAACUCGCUACUUUAUCCAAUUUUUUUAUUUCUAAAGCAUUGUAUUAAUAUUUUGUUAACAUCAGUGAUAAUAAAAGUAUGCAUAAA